UUGGAUGCCAAUGGCUUUUUCUAUUUGUUUUGUUGUCAUACUAAUUUCCAUGAAAUUAAGCAAUGUGGAAUGGUUUUGCAGAUUCCCAGCCUAAACCUCCCUACUGAUAAGUCCUCUUUCUUUAUCUUUCUCCUUGAUUUGCUAUGAUCUUAAUGCUCAUAAUGAUGCCGAGAAGAGUGUGGUUAACAUGCAUUGUUAUAGCUAUUAUUGGCUUUCUUACUUGUCCUGAUGAUGCCACGGGAGAAAAACACUGUGAGCCGGCUUCUUGUGGGGAUCUGGAUGACAUUCGAUAUCCUUUCCGCGUGAAAACUAAUGGUUCUUCCGAUCCUAAAUGUCUCAGCAAUCCAGCUGAACUUUCAUGUGAGCAGAAUCAAACUGUUUUAAAUCUGUUUAAUGGCAAAUAUUAUGUCAAAACCAUUGAUUAUAGUCGCGCUAUAAUCCGUGUUGUUGAUCCUGGUCUGCUAAGCGAUGUUUGCCCCUUUAGGCCACUCUACCAUCUAACCAGUAGAAAUUUUAGUGGAGGGCUAGGGUAUCCAUUUUAUAAACUGCAAUAUGGUGACAGUGCAGUAGUCUUCUUUGAUUGCUCAUCGCAAGUUAACUCUACAGAGUACAUAAGAAUCAAUUGCAGUAGUACUAGCUCAUCAGCAUCUGCUACAUUUUCUUAUAUUAUGCUGGAAGAUGGAGUGAAUGACCUUCAUUCUUGUAACAUGACUGGGAUUACCAUGCUAGGAGAGACUGACCUUCAUUCAUUUUCUGCCAUCCGUGAUGAGUUCAGAAAGGGUUUAAUGCUUUCGUGGAGGAGUUCUCAAAGGGGAGAGUACUGCUACACAAGCACCCAGUCCCUCUAUUGUUUUCGUCGGUACGUGAUAACUAGUCUGGGAGACGUUGCCAAGGCCACUGGAUGGAGUCUGAUGGCACGAAUGAUUCUGGGCCUUACUGUUUUUCUGGUUAUCUGGAGCUAUAAAUUGUACUGGAAAAAGUUCCUGAAGGAAGGUGCAGUUGAAGAAUUCUUCAAUGCAUGCAAGAAACGUAUGCAAAGGCGGUAUUCAUACUCAGAUAUCAAGAAGAUGGCAAUUGCUUGCAAAAAAAAAGUCAGAGAAUAUUGGAAAAGGAUGAGAAACUGUUCGUACUCAGAUAUUAAGAAGAUGGCCAUUGAUUUCAAAAACAAAGUCAGGCAGGGAAGCUAUAGAGAAACCUUAAGAAGGUUUGCAUACUCGGACAUUAAGACGAUGACACUUGAUUUGAAACACAGAGUCAGUCAGGGUGGCUACUGGAAAAAGAAGGAUGAUGCAGUUGAGGAAUUUUUGGAUUCAUACAAGAAUCUUACGCCACGCAGGUAUUCUUAUUGGGAUAUCAAGAAGAUGACGAAUGAUUUCAAAGAUAAACUUGGCCGAGGAGGCUUUGGUUCUGUUUACAAAGGAGAGCUGUCAAAUGGUCAUGCUGUUGCAGUAAAGAUGCUGAGUGGUUCCAAAGGCAAUGGACAAGAUUUCAUCAAUGAAGUUGGCACAAUAGGAAGAAUCCAUCAUGUCAAUGUGGUGCAACUAAUCGGAUUCUGUUCUGUGGGAUCAAAACGAGCUCUUGUUUAUGACUUCAUGCCUAAUGGAUCGCUAGAAAAACAUAUCUUUCAGGAUCAAGAAAACAGGCUUGCUCUAAGUUGGGAUAGAAUGCUUGAGAUAGCUUUGGGGGUGGCUCGCGCUAUUGAGUAUCUACACCAAGGCUGUGAUGUGCAAAUUCUUCAUUUUGAUAUUAAGCCUCACAACAUUCUUCUUGAUGAAAAUUUUAAUUCAAAAAUAUCAGACUUCGGGCUUGCAAGAUUUUACCCAAGAGACCGGAACACAAUUUCUGUUACUGCAAUAAGAGGUACAAUGGGGUAUAUAGCUCCGGAAAUGUUCUACAGAAGUAUUGGUGGUGUUUCCUACAAAGCUGAUGUUUAUAGCUUUGGAAUGUUGUUGAUGGAAAUGUCAGGGCGCAGGAAGAACAUAAAUACACAUGUACAAAAUUCAAGCCAAAUAUACUUCCCUCACUGGAUUUAUGAGCAACUAGAAAAGGGAUUGAGCCUUGAAAUUGAGGAGGCAUGUGAGAAUGAUAAGAAAAUAGCCAAGAAGAUGAUCAUGGUUGCUUUGUGGUGCAUACAACUGAUGCCUGCGGACCGCCCUUCUAUGACCAAGGUUUUAGAUAUGCUUGAAGGUGAAGAUGGAGCCUUUCAAAUGGCUCCGAAACCUUUCUUUUGUCCUCAACAGAUGCCAACGGAGGAUCUACCUGAUGACAGUGAUGAGAUGGACAUUGAAGAGGUAUCUAUCCUGCCAGAAAAUGCUACAGAAUCGACUUCCAUAGUGUAACGGAUGCAAUUAAUGCCCUAUUUAUUCUUGUAUGCCUCUUUUUAAGCUUCAUUACAAUUUGAAACUUUGAAUAACAGGUCAAUAAUGAGCUUUAU